AUGACAUUUUCUUAUAUACAAGGUGGAUUUCUCAAUGCGCUUCAGUCUGAUGCAAGCGAUUCCAAUGAUUUGAAUCUGUUGUAUCAGAGCCAAGUGAACGCUUUUAAAGAAGAUACCCUUCCCAAUGAGAGCUAUGAAGACCAUAUGACAAGCGAUUCAAGCGUCAAUCAGGGCCAUGACCUUGAAGACAUUGUGUAUCCUGAUUAUACGGGCCUUACAGUAGACGACUAUGGUUGGGGAAUCAACUGCAAUCUGCUACUGAACGGGUAUAAAUCAUCCCUUGCUUCUGGUACAAAUCCCUUCUACGGUUCUGGUGUUGUGCCGGAUUUGUAUGGAUCAGUCAACCAAGUCGAUGAAGCAGCUUCAGCUGAGAGCGCCAUUCAACCUGAUUCCCCACAGCCUUCCUUCAGCUCAAUCAUAGAUUACAGCGCUUGUGCAUCAGAUGGAGAACAAGAGAUUACGCAGGCUAUACCUGAGCAGCUUCCCAUAGACGGAGAUGUAUCUCCCAACUACGAGUGGCGCCUCAACGAGCUGGAAUGGAAUGAAUUCAAAGAGAUACCCAGAAGCACUUGUAGUGCUUUUAUCGGUGAAGACAAUACCAAUGCAAUACUUGGCGCUUCACAACAUAAUCUGCUUUAUGUUGACAGGCUGCCUCCGAUGUUUGAGGAUGAUCAAAAGGGUAGAAUUUUCUCCUCAUGGCCACGCUACGGUUAUGACAGCAAUGAUAUGGCGGCUUUCAAGAAUGUUGUAAGCGACAACACUUCUGGACACAAACUUCAAUCUACUGCUGGCGCUCUCACCAAAGCUGGAUCAAUUGCUAACCCCACUGCAAACCUCAACAAGAGCUUCAGGGAGCAUGCUAUUCGUGGACCGCAAUCCCAAGCAAACAGAGCUUCUCUGCUUAGAAAGCCAAACAGCAAUAUUGUUGGAAAUAGAGCUAUGCAUUAUACCAACACCAGAUCAUUGAGCAACUGGGACACAAUGCAAUAUAACUCUCACAUUCAAUCAGUACGACAACCGCCUUUAUUUGACUAUAAUAGUGCUCUCGCUGAUGCUGGUACCAGCAUUCAAGGCGCUUUUGCCCGUACAAACAUGCUCAACAGCAGCACAGGACACUGGUUUACUGUGUGCAAUCAUGCAGAUAGAGAAGUGGCCCUCAUCAACGAGAACAAAAGAUCGAACUACUUUCUUCGUAAAGAUCGCAAUGCAUCAAAUGUUAGAAAAGACGGUUAUUAA